AUGAAUGGGAACAAUCACACAGUGGUGACCGAGUUCAUCCUUCUGGGGCUGACAGAUCAUCUGGAGUGGCAGAUGGCCUUCUUUGUAGUGUUCCUGGGAAUCUAUAUUCUCACACUGCUGGGCAAUAUUGGGUUGAUCCUGAUAAUCAAAAUCAAUACCCAACUGCACACACCCAUGUACUUCUUCCUCAGCAAUCUGUCCCUCAUAGAUUUGUGCUACUCAUCAUCUAUUACUCCAAAGACUUUGGUGAGCUUCCUGUCCAAGAGUAAAGCAGUGUCCCAUGCUCAGUGCUUUGCCCAGUUUUCAUUCUUUGCUGCUUUUGUAGGAUCAGAAUGCCUCCUGCUGGCUGUCAUGGCCUAUGACUGGUUUGUGGCCAUCUGCAAGCCUCUGCUGUAUAUGGUGGCCAUGUCCAGGAAGGUUUGCAUCUUCCUGUCUGCUGGGUCAUUUAUAGGGGGUUUUGUGAAUUCCCUGGUGCACACAAGCUCUUUGGUGAGCUUGUCUUUCUGCGGGCCCAAUAUUAUCCACCACUAUUUCUGUGACUUCCCCCCACUUCUGAAGCUUGCCUGCUCUGAUACCCAAACCGCUGAGGUCUUAUUGUUCACUUUUUCUGGAACUAUUGCUGGGGUCACCAUCCUCACAAUCCUCAUCUCCUAUUUAUAUAUUUUUUCCACCAUCUUGCAGAUUCAGACCAGUAAAGGCAAGCACAAAGCCUUCUCCACCUGUGUUUCUCACCUGAUAACUGUCACUUUGCUUUAUGGAUCCCUAAGCUUUAUUUACAUGCAGCCCAGUUCCAGGUACUCAUUUCAACAGGAAAAAAUUGUUUCAGUGUUUUAUACACUCCUGACCCCAAUUCUGAACCCCUUGGUCUGCAGCCUCAGGAAUAAAGAGGUGAAGGAUGCCUUGAGAAGGGCAGUGUCCCAGUUCGUUUCUUAA